AUGUCUUGGUUAUUUGGAUCUUCUAAAAAGGAUGAACAACCACAAUCUACACAACAACAACCAAUAAAUAACAAUUUGGGAUUUGAUCCAAACUCAAUAACUGAUGUUUCAUCAAUCAUAUCGACUCCAGGUGGUUUAGAUACUUCAAGAUUACAUCCAUUAGCAGGAUUAGAAAAAGGUGUUGAAUAUUUAGAUUUAGAAGAUGAAAACUUAAACACAUUAGAAGGUGCACAAGGUUUGAUUCCUUCAAGAGGUUGGACAGAUGAUUUAUGUUAUGGUACUGGUGCUGUUUAUUUAUUAGGUUUAGGUCUUGGUGGUUCAUAUGGUUUUUUUGAAGGUUUGAAAAACAUUCCUGCAAAUUCUCCAGGUAAAUUAAAAUUAAACACUGUUUUAAAUCAUGUUACCAAACGUGGUCCAUUCUUAGGUAAUACUGCAGGUGUUUUAGCAUUAACUUAUAAUUUAGUUGAUAGUACUAUCGAUGGUGUUAGAGGUAAACAUGAUGCUUUGAAUUCUGUUGCUGCUGGUGCAAUCUCUGGUGCUUUAUUCAAAUCUACUAAAGGGUUGAAACCUGCUGGUAUUGCUUCUGGGUUAAUGGCCGGUGCUGCUGCUGCUUGGUGUGGUCUUAAAGCUUUGCUAGCCUAG